AAAUGAAAAAAUCGGCAAAAAAUGUACUGGUAGUAAAAGGCCAUAUGAAAAUUACUAACUUUUUUAUUAAACAAGAAAAGUUGGAUGUAUCUUCUACCAGUACAGAAGAUUUAAAAGAUUGUAGAAAAUCAGCUGUAGUGACUAAACGUAAGGGAGACGAUAUCAACACACUCAGUCCACCGCAAAAGAAAAAAAAUAUAAUUUUUGAAAGAGAAUUAACUCCAGAUAGAAAACCCAGCAUAAGUGAACAAGACAAAAAUGCUAAACCUAUUGCAAGUUCUUAUAAUUCAGUUAUAUCUGUCAAAAGCCCGGAACAACUAUUGUCUGCUGAGGCUCUAAUCGAAUAUUACACACCCGAAAAGAAAUUUGAGAGAUUUAUGGACAAAAUAAAAAGUCCUGCAAAGAAGAUGUUGUUCAAUGAAGAUACUAUUGAAAAAUCUAAAGAAAACCAUACAUUAGUUUCUAAAGUUGAUGAAAUUAUUGAAAAUAAAGUAAAUCGAAAAUCGACUCCAAAAAAACGGACUCCAAAGGAAAGUAACAACUCGGCAAAUGCAAACCAAAGCAAUUUAACAGGAAAAACUCCAAUUAAAACCAAAAAGACACCUAAGAAGUUAUUUGAUAAAUCUCCAAAUAAUGUGAAUGAAUUUAAUGUACAAAUAAUAGAGAGUUUUGUAAAAAUAACUCCAAGCAAAAGUCAAAAAAAUGAUCCAGAAGUGGAAUUUGUUAGUUGUAGUGAAAAGAAACAAAGUUCGAUUUUAAAAUAUAUUUCACCUACAGCUUCUGCCAAAUCUUUAGAAGCCAAACAUCGGAAUGAAUUGACACCUACAAAAAGUCACGCAAAUGUUUGUAAUGGUUCCCAAAGUCCAAGCACAAAAGUAAAGAUAAAAUUAAACUUUUCAGACUGUAUAAAUGAAAAACCGUCUUCAUCAAAACAGGCAAAAAUAAGUGAUUCGAAAGUCCGUAAAGGAAAUAAUAAAUCUCUGAAAUUGAAUGCAAAAGAGGUCUCCCCUGAAAAAUGUAAUAAUCUUGAUAAAGGACAAGAGAAUAACGUAAAUAUUCCGAAUUGGGAAUUUAGUUUUAGCGACGAAUGGAAUGAGGAAAUGUUAAUACCCUCCCAACUUGAAUAUAAACUGGAUCUGAGGGAAUCUCAACACUGCAAAAUAAUGAAUAUAAAUGCAUUUCCAACAAAAAAUGUAAUAACUUUAAAAUCAACUAAAAACGGUGAGCAAGCUCUUUGCAACUUGGAAGGAUUUUGGAUGCAUUCUCAGCUGAACAUCGGGGAUACCCUUCACAUAUCGGCUAAAAAACUAAAUGAAGUUGAAUGGAUUGUUAAUAACGACUAUGGUUUGGUUGUAUAUGAGCCCGAUUUUCUGAUUUCUGCAACAAGCGUAGUCAAUACACUGUGGUGUAAGAGAAAGAGCGUAUUGAGUGAUUGCUUCCACGGUUUCGACCCUGCCAACAAAGCCAUGCUUGUGGGAAGUCUGGUACACAGUUUAUUGCAACACGUUUUGAAAAAUAAGAUUCAUAACCAGGAAGAAAUCGAGAAGAUUGCAAAGGAUCUCCUCAAAAAUCGUAACACUAUUUCAAGUAUAUAUGACUGUGAUUUAACGAUAGAACUAAUCGAAGAAGAACUAAUGAAAUAUGUUCCGAAGAUCGUGUCUUUUAUACAUAUGUACGUCAAAGAUAUACAAACGAAAAGGCAGCCGAAUCUCAAGCGUAACAAGGAAGACUGGAAGGGUACAAUUAACAGCAUAGACGACAUAGAAGAAAAUAUCUGGUGCCCUGAGCUGGGGAUUAAAGGAAAAGUAGACGUAAGUGUGAGAACCGACCACAGUUUGAUGCCCCUCGAAGUAAAAACCGGGAGAGCCUCGGUUUCUUUGGAACACCGAGGACAAGUUUUGAUGUACAUUAUGAUGAUGAAUAAAUUGGGCUACGAAGUUCCUUCUGGGCUGCUGCUGUAUCUCAAGGAUGGGGUAUUAAGAGAAAUUCCACCCACACAGAAAGAAAAGAGGGAUAUAAUAAUAAUGAGGAAUGAAUUGGCUUAUUAUUUGACUAGAAAGCCAAAAAUAGUGGAAGACGACAAAAUUAAAAGGAAAAGACUUGUUCCGCCUGAUCUACCGGAGCCCAUCAACCACACGAGUUGUGCGAAAUGCCCUUACAAUGUCAUUUGCACAGCCUUUGCCAAAUACAAUAAUGAGGAUAUUUCAUCGAUGAAAACAUUAAAAAAUAUACAGGAUGAAGUUUUCUUUUACUUGGACGAAUCACACCUCAACUACUUCAUACACUGGGUGUCCUUGUUAGCACUCGAGUCUAACACAAAAAAGGGCUCGAAGGAUCUCAGAGAAAUAUACACUUUGCCUCCAGAGGAAAGGGAAAGUAAUGGAAAAUGCAUCAUAAACUUAAAAGUGUCGCACAUCGGAAAAGAAUGCAAUGGUGUAAUCGAGCAUACUUUUGUAAGGAUUCAUGACGAACCAGGCUACAACUUCUUUUCUCACGGAAUAAAGGAAAGCAAUUACGUCGUCGUUAGCGUUGCGAGUAGGCCUGCGAUAUCGGCAGGCUUCGUGACAGAUAUAACGCCAAACUCCAUCACUGUAACGCUAGACAGGGACUUAAAUAAAAAAUAUCGAGACCAGACCUUUUAUAUAGACAGUUACGAUUCCAGUUCUAUACAGUCUUUCAAUCUGACGAGCUUAACGUUGUUGUUGGGGUUAACAGAUAGAGCGGAAAAGUUGAGGAGAAUAGUAGUGGACAAGAUACCUCCGACGUUCAAGUCUCGUCUGCCUAAAGUGAUCGGGUCCAAGGGAAAAGCGAUAUUAAGGAGGCUGAACGUAGUCCAACAGAGAGCCGUGUUGAAGGCUAUAGCCGCCAACGACUAUUUCCUCAUCGAAGGGAUGCCCGGCACAGGAAAAACCGCCACUAUAGUGGCCUUGAUCCAGUUACUAGUGGAACUAGGUAAGUCUGUCCUUAUAACGAGCCACACUCACUCAGCUGUCGACAAUGUGUGUACACGGCUCGUCAGUUAUGGCGUCAAACUGUUAAGGUUAGGUUCCGAGUCGAGGAUACAUCCCAGUUUGAAAGACCAUUCGGAGUAUUGGCUUACGAAAGACUGUACUACGCCAGAACAGCUUGCGGAAGUUUAUAACAGCGCGCAAGUCGUAGCCGUGACGUGCUUAGGAUCUGGUCAUCCGAUACUGUCGAAACGAGUUAUGGACAUUUGUAUCGUAGACGAGAGCACCCAAGUGGUCCAGAGUUCCGUUAUUAGACCUCUUCAUUCAGCAAACACUUUCAUACUGAUAGGAGAUCCGAAUCAGCUGCCGGCUGUCAUUAGAAGCAGGGACGCGAUUGAAAUGGGAAUGUCCGAAAGUUUAUUCGAAAGGCUGUACAGCAAAGAAGCGGCGAUAGCCUUAAAUUUAAAUUACCGGAUGAACGCGACUAUAACGGCCUUAGCGAAUCACGUCACGUAUCGCGGAGAGCUUAAAAUCGGUAACGAUAGUGUUGCCAAUGCGAGUUUGAAACUGCCCGAACCAGAGGCCCUAGAAUUGACGUCCGAUCGUUGGUUAGUAAAAGCUUUGGAUGAAUCCAUGGAAAACGCCGUACAGUUCUUGGAUACCGGACCGGUGUGGAAUUUUCAGCACGUCGUUCCUUGGCGUACACAUAAAAGUACCGAUGAAAAUGGUGAAGGUCAGAGCUGUGCAAACGUUUACGAGGCAGCGGUGGUUUUCCAUUUAGUGAAGGCUUUGUUGAAGGCGGGGAUUCAGUCGCACGACAUAGGGGUAAUCGCUACGUUUAGGGCUCAAGUCGCACAAAUAUCUCUUCUACUACAAACAGACAGUGUCGACAUUAGUACCGUUGAUCAGUUUCAGGGUAAAGAUAAAAAUGUGAUAAUUUAUUCCAGUUCGAAAUCGAGGGAUGUUUCUGUUCCUAAAGUCACUAAUAAGUACGAAAUAUUGGAAGACAAACGAAGACUGACGGUAGCUAUAACGAGGGCGAAACAUAAAUUAAUAAUCGUUGGGGAUGUUUCGACACUCGAAGGCUACUCAACCUUUAAACAAAUCUUGCCCUACGUCGAAGCGAAUCUGAUAAGACUGCCCGAAACUGCCGACUUUAGUUGGGACAAAAUAUUAGAUAAUGUUAAGAUUUGAAAGGGUAAGCAACGUUUAGAACAAUUUUUAAUUUUUUAUUUCGUGCAAAUGCGUAUGUCAAAAUGUGCCUUUGUUUUAUUCGUGUUAAGUAUUUUUAUUUAGUACUGUAUGUUUUGUAAAGCGAAUCACGUGAUUUUUA